UGUAAUUGCUUUGGCAUGCCAAGUCGUCUUCUUGGGUCUCUGUUCCAAUCUCCUGCAGUUUGAACUAAAAUCGCUGUGUGAUUCUCUGAACAGAGAAAUAUUCUCCCUCUCGUCAGUUCCUCGUCCCUGCGUGGGUCAUAAGCAGUCCCGUUUUACUGCAGUUCAAGAUGGCUUUGGUUGUGAUCUGUGGUCAACCUUGUAGUGGGAAAUCAACGGCUGCAGCCUGCUUGUCUAAAGCUCUUCAAGAAGUAGAAUCUAAGCCAUCAGUCAGGAUCAUCGAUGAAUCUUUCUUUCACCUCAAUCGUAACGAAAGCUAUGCUAACAUGCCUGCUGAGAAGAAUCUAAGGGGGGUUCUGAGAUCUGAAGUUGAUAGAUCAUUGUCGAGAGAUAAUAUCAUCAUAGUGGAUUCUUUAAACAACAUAAAGGGUUACAGAUACGAGCUAUGGUGUUUGGCUCGUGCAGCAGGCACUAGAUACUGUGUUGUGCACUGUGAUGUUGAAGAAGCCUAUUGUCAAAAAUGGAAUGAAGAACGCAGAAACAAGUCGGAGCCUGCUUAUGAUGAUAAAAUAUUUGAUGAUCUGGUAAGACGGUUUGAGAGGCCGGAUAGCAGAAAUCGUUGGGAUUCACCAUUGUUUGAGUUAUGGCCCUCUAGAGAUGGGAUUGAAAAAUCAUCUGCUGCUAUAGUAGAUGCUGUUACAUACCUCACGAAAAAGGUAGACUCCAAAACCAGGGAUGUCAGAGUUUUACAGCCUACUAUUGCAACACAAAGUGCGCGGGUAACAGAGGCCAAUUCUCUCUACGAGAUGGAUAGAGCGACUCUAGAGGUAAUGAAUAUGAUUAUAGAAGCACAAUCCCUUGCUAUGGGUGGCCCUCUCAACGGUGUGUCUCUUGGACCUGGCUUACCGAGUAUUGAUAUUUCGAGACCUAUUGGUUUGCCCGAGCUGCGGAAGCUCAGACGAACUUUUAUUAAAUUAACUGGGCAAUCAAGCUUGAGUGGCCCACCACCACCUUCAGAUGCUGAUAGUGCAAAGAGGAUGUUUGUGGAUUACUUGAACAGAGAAUUAGGAAAUGGUUAAAAUAAGAUGUGGACGGCAGGAUAAUAGUCCAGGGAGAACUUCAUUACUAUGUCAUGUUUUUCAGUUUUUGCGUACACUACCAUCCAUUCCUCAACUAAGACGUGUUUUAGUUUGAAAGUUAUCUGCUGGAGAGAUUUUCUUUGUCUUGCCUGGUUUCUGGUAGCAAUAGUAUGGAGCAACCAGACAAGAAGGGGGAACGAGCUCUCGUUGACUGCCAUGGCGGACUUAGAUCUUGAAGUUGCUCUGCUUACAUGUAUCUUUUCCUGCAUUUUCUUUCUAGCAUUACGGUUUGUGAACUCACGCUCACUGCUUAACAAUAAAUUGAUGCCAUUGCUUCCUCCUGCAUAUUUACGAGGCUAUCAGAUUAUUGUUCGACUCCCAACUACACAAGGGCUUUGCACGGAAGAAUAAUCACCGAAAAACUCGUCCAAGUUUGUAAGGUUUUCAAAGAAGAACCUCUUACUAUUUCGCUUUUUCUCCCUUUAGAGA